AUGGGCUGGGUACACAAUGCCUCGCCCGAAGUUGAAGCUGCCUCGCAGUAUCCUCUCAUUAUUGGGGUAUGUUUGAGUCUUACCAUAUUAAUGGUUUUGACGGUUUCCCUGAGACUUUUCCUUCGAGCGCGAGCCAGUCGAUGGGCAGCAGCAGACUAUGUGAUGGUUGCUAGCAUGGUAUUUGCUGUUAUAUACAGUGCACUCUGCAUUUCCCAGAGUCGAUAUGGACUAGGACUGCCGUUGAAGAAACGACCGGCAGCAAAUUAUCUAACAUAUUCUAAGAUCAACUAUGCAGGACGGCCCUUUUACCAAGUUGGCAUCGCAGGGUUCAAGGCUUCGCUUUGCCUGAGCUAUCUACGAUUAAUAUCUGGAACAUCAAAGCGUGGUUACCGAAUUGUGAUUUGGAUUGUUAUUGUUGCAUCUACGUUGGGUCAUAUCGCCGGUGCUCUUAGCUUGAUCUUCAAUUGCACACCGGUUCGACGAUCAUGGAACAAUCAUGUACCCGGUACAUGUCUUCCCGUGGGAGGCCUAUUCUACGGUCUCGCAAUCUACACCAUCAUCGCAGAUGUGACCAUUAUUGUGCUUCCUAUUCCCUUGCUCCUUGGUCUCAAUAUAAAAGUUGCACAAAAGGCUGGCGUUGUGUGCCUUUUCCUCCUGGGCCUCUUCACCACAGUUUGCUCCAUCCUACGACUAACUCAGAUUCAACGAGUGGCUUUCGGAGACGGAAACUCAACAAUGCUUGUGUUGUGGGGAACGAUUGAGUUCAACGUGGGCAACAUUGUCACUUGCAUUCCAUACCUGGCGCCUCUGCUCAAGGGCUUCGUGCGGGGAAUUGCUUCGACCGGUGGAAAAUCCAAGCAGUAUUACUAUGACAGUCAAGGCAGAAGCUACUUGAUGGAUAAUUGGUCGAAAGAUCAGAAUUCGCACAUGCGGUCAACUGCCUCCAGUCAAAGACAGCCAAAACGAACACCGAGUGAGGAACUCAUUUUGGCCACUCAGGAGCCCGCGCAUGGGGGUAUCGAGAAGACAGUCGAGUACAGAGUUUCUUCGGAAGGCAGGUCAACCAAAUAG